UCUCUCUUGUAACCCCACCCCCACGGCCAGAAAGAGAGAGAACAUAACUUUGCAUCCUAGCUCGAUAACUUCUAUGAUCGUUUUGAAAUAAUAGAUAGCCUAUAGCUAAAAUAUAAAUUGUUACCGCCGCACAAUCUACCUGGCGGACAGACUGUGGAGGGAGUUGAGGUGGUCUCCAGCAUCACUGGAACAUGGACAGCGAGGGAAGAAAAGUAGUUGUCUGUGACAAUGGGACAGGGUUUGUCAAGUGUGGCUUCGCUGGCUCAAACUUCCCCGAGCACAUCUUCCCUGCGAUGGUGGGCCGGCCGCUGCUGCGCUCCACCAUCAAAGUGGGAAACAUCGAAAUCAAGGACCUGAUGGUGGGCGACGAGGCCAGUGAAUGUCGCCACAUGCUGGACGUCACCUACCCCAUGGACAACGGCAUGGUGCGCAGCUGGGAGGACAUGAUCCACCUGUGGGACUACACCUUCGGCCCCGACCGCCUCAACCUCGACCCCCCCGACUGCAAGAUCCUCCUCACUGAGCCCCCUAUGAACCCCACCACGAACCGGGAGAAGAUCACGGAGGUCAUGUUCGAGCAGUACAAGUUCCACGGCAUCUACGUGGCCAUCCAGGCCGUGCUGACACUCUACGCCCAAGGCUUGCUGACUGGUGUGGUGGUUGACUCGGGGGACGGGGUCACCCACAUCUGUCCCGUGUACGAGGGCUUCUCCCUGCCCCACCUCACACGCAGGCUGGACAUCGCAGGACGUGACAUCACGCGCUACCUCAUCAAGCUCCUGCUGCUGCGAGGCUACGCCUUCAACCACUCUGCGGACUUUGAGACGGUGCGUAUGCUGAAGGAGGAGCUGUGCUACGUGGGCUACAACAUCGAGCAGGAGCAGAAGCUGGCCCUGGAGACCACUGUGCUGGUGGAGUCCUACACGCUCCCUGACGGGCGUAUGGUGAUGGUGGGGGGAGAGAGGUUCGGGGCUCCUGAGGCUCUCUUCCAGCCCCACCUCAUCAACGUGGAGGGGGCGGGCGUGGCUGAGCUGCUCUUUAACACCAUCCAGGCCGCAGACAUCGACCUCAGGGCUGAUUUCUACAAGCACAUCGUGCUGUCAGGAGGGACCACCAUGUACCCUGGCCUGCCCUCCAGACUGGAGAGAGAGAUCAAGCAGCUGUACCUGGAGAGAGUGCUGAAGGGGGACGUCGAGAAGCUCUCUAAAUUCAAGAUCCGUAUCGAGGACCCCCCGAGGCGUAAGCACAUGGUGUUCAUGGGCGGGGCGGUGCUGGCCAACAUCAUGAAGGACAAGGAGUCCUUCUGGCUCAGCAGGGCCGAGUACGAGGAGAAAGGUGUGGGCAUUCUGGCCAAGCUCGGGGUAGGGGUGAAGUAGACGGAGGUAGAUGGGGGGGAUAGAGGAUGGAGAGAGAGAUGGGAGGAUGGGGUGAGAGAGGGAGAUGAGGGGUGAGAGAGAGCGAUGGGAGGAUAGUGGGGAGUGAGAGAGAGGGGUGGGAGGAUAGGGGGUAGGGGUGAGAGGGGUGGUGAGGGGUACUGUAAUGUAAGGCUUGAGAGAAGACAGUACAGAAUCUUCAAGAUUGUUUAUUCAUGUUUAUAAUCCUGGGAUGUAAAUAGGAACACGCCUUGGCAAUAAUGUACACUUUGUUGGCGUCAUGACAACAAAAGAUGAUUGGUUUUUCUAUCAACCAUCCAAAUGUCAGCUCUAAAAAUGUCCCAUUGUUUAUCUUGAGACGAAUGCAGGUGGGCAGUUGUUUUUAUUAAACAUUUCAACAACA